CAGAGGGGAGUCUGAGUGGUUUCUCUGGAGAAGAGACGUAAUUGGGGAGAGGGAGGUCGAGAGGAAAGGAUUGUGGAUGGAUGAAGGAGAGCUUUGUCGUCGGGGUUGGGAGGUUUCUCAGGACGGCACUAAGCCUAGUUUGCCGAGCCUCACCAACCUCCGAAGCCGCCCUAGUGCGUCCGCCAUCCAGUGUCCAUGGGCCCCCCCCCAUCACCCACACCCCAUCGCACGUUGAUCGAGCAGUGUCCCUUGAUCAAGACAAAAAGCGCUUUAAUUUUUGAACAUACGAAAUUGGUGCGUCCAUUGCUUCAAUUUGGCUCCCAUCGAGGGUGGUGUUUUGCUUCCACACCGCGGGGGCAU